UUUUCCACAGUAGCAGAAGCCAAACCCAUUGAUUCAUCUCCUAAUUGCCAUUCUUACGAUGACCUACUUUUGCAUUGUCUUAGGGUGUUGCUCCACCCCGUUCUUUCUCUCCCAUGUCUCUUAAUACUUCCUGUUUGUGAGUCUGUUUAAUUCAAUAGUUUCAGCUUUUAAACCAUGCCAAGAAGAGCUGAAUAUUGAUGGCAGACAUACUGCACUACGGAUAUCUAUCUGAUGGGGAAAGAAGUACAGAGAAGACCCAGCUUGACUUCUGCAAUUUGAUUUCUGGAUCUUCAUGAAAGACAUGGAGAAAGCAAACUUCACAAGGAAAAGGAAGAUGCAACAGGACUACCAGGGGUGACCGGAGACUGGUUUGAAGAAAUCCAGAAGAGAACAUUUCAGAAUGAGGCUGAUGUUGGCAAAAUGUUCAAACAACCCCUAGUUCACAGACUGCGAAAGUCCAUCGGAAAUGAUGCAAAACCCUCCGCCCCGCCGAUCCCACAAGCCCAGAAGAAUGCCUCCCCUUCCAUCCUGGGAGGGCUGCGUAUGCCUUUUGCAUCUCUCUUCUCCUCCUUCAGAAAAUCGAAACGGCAGCAUUCAAAGCCUCUGCAAAAGCAGCCCCAAUACCCUCCAAGAUAUGACCCCUUUGCUGCGGGCUCCCACAUGUCUUCCAAGGUGGAGGAAAUGGCAACGAUUGAAACAUGCGACAGCCCUUUGCCCUCUGAACUGGCAAAGAAGGGUCUGGAUGCAAACCAAGCUGAGAUGACAGAUGACAACACGUGUACAUGGAACGAGCAGCUGGAAAAUGAGCUCUUACGAGUCCUGGGGAGUCUGGAUGACCAGCUGGCGCAGGAACAAUCCCGAGGAGAAGCAGGGAACAGGAGGACCCCAGCCGACUCUGGUUCCAGAGCACCAGACAUCGAUCCCUAUUCAACUCUUACUCGACCGGGUUUCCUUGGAGGGGUGCAGAGAAAUGAACGGAGCAUGUUUUUGUCAGAUGGGGCAAGGACGCUGCGAGCCACCGAUGAUCACAAAGCUUUAUUCAGGCCGAGGGUGCCAUGUGAUACAUAUACAAAAAGGCAGCAUGCGAAGGACGGCACAUACGGGGAUGUUUAUGGCAGAAGCUCCCCUGUCUUGAAGAGAGGGAAUUCUACUCGCUCUCUUGGACAUUCCUCAGAAGGCAGCUUGCAUCUCCCUCUGGGACAACGCAGCAGUGGAUUCGGACACAAGGACUUCACGCCCAGGGAUUCGGUUGGCAGGAGUUACUCUCUGUCUUGCCUUGCAAGGCACCCAUCUUUGACGUCUGUGGACCAGCUUUCCCCAGCAAGCCCGCAGCACCCUCUGGACGGCAACAGAGUCUUUGCACCAAGGAACUAUCGCCAGCAUCCCAGGCGGACUCCCUUGUCAUCUAUUGUAUGGAAUACACCGCCGCCUUCAGAGCAUCCGCUAUACCCCGACGGGCUUCUUAGGACGCAGUCGUUGAUGGAGUUUGGCCCAGUGUUUGAGGACACGUACCCUUGUUCUCUGCAGAAGGACACGAGAUACGAAUUUUACAGAACAAAAGUAAAUUACAGAAGAGCAGUGCCGGUUAUGGGCAAUCCCGUUUUUGCGGAGAAACAUACAGACCCGCUGGGGUUUGACAACCGGGAGAAUUUUUUGUUGCAUCAGCUGGGAAUGAGUGCUUCAAAGCCCCGCUAUAGAUACCCAUCCUUUCAUGGCAGGAUGAGCCUCCCCCGCAAGAGUUUUCCUUCCGGAAGAAUAGAGGAGAGGCUUCUUAUGCCCACUGACCACCAUUACUACAACGACGAAGUCUUUGUCGGCCCUGAUGCUGACGUGGAAAGGAUUCCGCCGAAUCCCAGAAAUUGGCAAGGCGCCUAUGCGAAAAAGAUGGGUGAGAAGGAUGCUCAGAGCCGUGUAUCGGAUUACAUCAGGAGGCACAUGGAUCGUUCGGAAGGUAUACGAAACAAACCGUUUGCAAAAUAUGCAGAGGGCAUGCAGAGCUGUCCAGCACUUGAUUUAUCUGUCCGAAAUGGCCAAAUGGAAUAUGCAUCGCAAAGACAAAAUCCUUUCGUUAGAGCUGGUCAAGCUUCGUCAAAGGCUUUGGCCAAACACUUUGAAACCAAGAGAAACUUCAAAGCAGAAGAGGAGAGGGGUGCUGACCGGAUGGACAAAAUGGACAGUGAAGCGACAUUAAGACUAAUUUCUGAUCCAGUGGACACACAUAGUCCUGCUGAUUCUUCGAUGCCUCCUUGUAAGAACUCUUCUGCAGUUGACCCACAAAGCUGCACAUCCCUUAAACCACCUCACUCACUGUGUUCAAAGUCAGAUUCCAUAACAGAUACCGGAAACAGUUAUUUAUCAAACAUUCACAACAGAACUGGACGAAGAAACGAAGGUGAUUGUGCCAUAAAUAGUGAUCUCAGUCAAACUACUCCCCCUCAGUUAACUGCCAACAACCCAAGGACAUCCAUUCUUCAUCUCUUGGAGCGAGAGGGGCGUGCUAUGGAAAACUUGGGAGCUCUCACACCCAACAAAACACCUGGGAAUAUUUGUUUGUCUGCUUUGAGCAGAGGCCCCAAAAUGCUUGUCGACGAUGAAUUGCCACAUUCUUGCACUGAAAAUUUCAACAAGUGCAAUAGGUUUGUUAAACACACAACUAGCAAUAGCGUCACUGGCUCUCCCAGUAACAGCCCUCCCAAAUCUCCUGUAACUUAUUGCACUUUACCUAGAAAAUCUGCCAGUAUUGAUGGUAGUCUUAUAUCGGAGAAACCUAUCUCUUCUGCUGCAAGGCAAAUCUUAUUUAAAAACAACAGAGCUGUGGGAGAUAAUUUAGAAGCCAUUGCAUCGAAUAGAAUGGGGGGGAAAUUUCCAAAUCAGAGAGCUAAAAGCUUCUUGCUAAAUUCAGCCCAUUCUUCCUUAAGUCCAUCACCGAAAGAUGUCUCCUGUAAUCUUUCACCAGCUAAAGGCAAUCCUUCACUGAUAACCCAAGAGCCUAGCAAAUCUGUCAGUUCUAAUAAUACCAAGGGGAGAAGCACCAUCAUACAGAGUCCAGACAAAACUGAAAUUUCUGUGCUUUCUGAAUGUGAGGGAACUGAUGCAGGGAAUCCCUUAAAGCAGUACAAAACUACCAGCACACUUACAGUUAGCAUUGAGGAAGAUAAUGUAAAAUAUCACGAGUUGAUUUCGGUUUACUACACCUUACCACGGAAACAGUCGAGAACGUUGAGCAACCUCUUUCUAGAUGAUAACCAGAGCACAGACUCUUCCCCGCCCAAAGGCAAAUUUGAGCUUCCGCAGAAGAAAUAUGAAGUCCGCAUUGGUUUAGGAAGAGUGGCUUUUCCUUCCAGUUUAGAAAAAGAAGGAAAAGCCGAUUCUCCUGGCAAAAUGGCUGCCACACCUGAUUUGUCGCAGAACGCAAAAACCUCUGAUGAUGCUAAUAAAGAAGAUUGCUGUGUCACGGAAAGAGCAGGUGCUUCUCCAAGUAUGCUGCAUAAUAGGGAAGGAGUGUUAGGCUCUCCAGCAGAAACGCCAGACCUUGCAUUUUCCAAGAGGGUAGUCUCACAUGGACCUUCAGGUGACCCGAAACCCAGUGAAACCACGAAUGAAUCUGUUAGUGCAACUACUACCAGCAGACAGUGCAAGGUGCAUAUUUUUAAGUUUCCCUCUCGACAGCAGGAAGAGUCAAAAGUUGACUCACCAUUAAGCCACAGCUCAUCAAAUACCACAGACAUUAGACAAGAUGUAGAGGUCAAAGAAAGGGCGUGUUAUAGAGGCCCUAGUAUUUCCAAAAAGGGCAAUGGAUUGCAGUCGAGAAGUGAAAACAUGGGGAGCAGCACAGAUGAAGCAUUCAUUUCAGAGGCCAAGGUGUAUUCUAAGUUCCAGAACCAAACAUUACAAGUCGAUGCAACUUCCACAGCUGAUCCAGCAGUCCGACCAAACCAGAGUUCUUUAGAGUAUGCAAAGAAACAGAAGGAGAUGCUUCGGAAUUCUCUGCUACACAAAGAUUGCACAAAUGCGCAGAGAUUGGUGAGAAACUCUGCAGAGAACUCUAAAGACCAGGCUGCAGGGACUGCACAAGAUCUGCCUGACUCUUCAGAGACUGAAAAUAAGCUUAUCUUGGAUUCCACUAAAGAUAAAGCUAGCGACAUAGAAAAAAGGAAAAACAGACCUUCCAUUAAAAACAAGCUGGCAGCCAUGUACAAAACAAGUCGAAAGUUUUCCAGCAAGAAAACCUCAAGUCCCAAGCCACACAUAGGUAACAUCUUUUCACAGAACAACGCUCCGUUGGAGAUCAGCCACCCUCAUAGUAUGUUGAUUUCACCUGAUGGUCCUCCAUCACUUCUCCAUGCAGGAAACGAGAACCAGAAUAGGAACCCUCUGGCUGAUGAAUUCGACAACAUGGUGCUGGACAAACCCGACAGUAAGAAAACUCAAACGAACGAGGGUCCCCCAUUGCUUACCAAUGAGGUUAGAAGACCUUUUACAAACUUGUGCAACCAAAAGAGAGAGAGCCCCAGAAUCGAGACCCCGCAGAAUCCUACAGCCUUGUUUCCAAAAGGAAGUACGUCCACAACAAGUAGUAAUUCCCAAACAGAUGAUGGGCUGGAAAAUAUUAGUUGUUCCGUCCCCUCCAAAAUUAUAUUCGCAGAUUCAAAGCAAAUGGAAAAGGAUGUUGUGAAUGUCGGCGAGCAUUUGCUUUUCCCACUUUCAUCUGAUAAUACCUCAAACAUUCUUAACAAAAGUUAUUCAAAGAUCUGUCCGCCGCAAAAGAUGACCUCCCCUACAGAAUAUGACCACCAUCCAAACAUCAAGGAGCCCGACAGGUUGAGAAAGCUAAGCCGACCCUACAUUGAACCAGUCCUCAAUCCCAGCAAAGCUCAACGCGAACGGCAUUUUUCUGAAAGUUCCUAUACUCGGGCGCCCUGUGAUCGCCUGGCCUCCAGGAGCAACUUGAUAAGCCAUGGCAGUAGGUACAAUCGGAAGUUCAAAUCCCACUCUGAACUGUUGUCUUGCGAUGAAAAUGAGAACUGGGAGACCGACAACGAAAGCUACAAGACCUUUGGUUCCAGGCGUGUGUUGUACCCAUCAAUUGAGUUUGGCAUUUUUGGGAAAGAGCAGCAGCAGGCUUUCUUGGAUAACAUAAAGAGGUCGCUCACAGAGGGACGGUUGUGGAGUCCGUGCCUUCUGAAGAACUCUAGUUCUCUGAGGAAGGAAGAGGAUUGUUCCUUGAACAGAUCCCAGUUGCUGAGCUCCGGUUCCGCUGAGAAAAACACAUCAGCGGGAGUCUCGCGCCCAAAUGAGCCGGUUGAUGUCCACGGAGAAGACCCUACAGAUUAUUCAGAUUCAGACUCCAGCACCACCACAGAUGAUGAAUACUACCUGGAUGAGAAUGACAAGGAGUCAGAACUUUGAGGGGCUAUGAGGCACAAUGAAGGGGGGGUGGGGGAACUUUACCAAAAGGCUGGCUUGUCUGUUCCUUGAGUAGUUUAUAAAAUAUUUGGGUGUGAACGCCUGAGUCAGAUCCUGUAGAUGUGCUGAUUUGAUCUCCAACCCUAAAUACACACAUUACCUUGACCACCUCACAAACCACAGAGCUUUUUCUGCAGUGCCCAAGUUUCAAUCCCUCAUGACAGUGUAAAGUAGUAGUAGUAGUAGUAGUAAUGAAAAUGUUGCUAAAGGGUCUCAAAUAGGUUAUUAGCUCUCUCUUCCCAGCUCCAAAUUAGGUCUUUGUGCCUUUAAUAAUUGCAUAUGGAGCAGUUGUGAAACUUUUCCAGGUAUGGAGAUUCAGCAGCGGGAAAUUUGUAUGCUGAAUUUAAUGGCAAGAAAAUACCCAGAAUAUAGAGGGUGGAUGUAUCAGUGGUCUGUGAAUCAAGGAUGCACUUGGCACAGUUUCUGUGGCCUGUGUACAUUCAUGUUUCCUUCUCCAUCCAUCCUACCUCUUUUUCUCCAGUAAGGAGUUGGGUAACUUAUAUGUGUGUAUUUAAUAUCUGUUGUGAAUAUAUUUUCUUUAGAUUGUGCAAGCAAAUUAAUGUUUAAUAUAUUUAAACAUUGGAGCACUGCUUGGUGGAUUGUUACCCAAGAACUCAUUGACCCAGCCAAAGUUAAAAGAAUGUCAAAUCCCACUCAUCCUGGUGCAAAAAACUCUCCCAUGGAAAAAAAGUGUGACUUAAAAGUGCACUUGCCCAAUUUUUGCCUUACGUGUUGUUGUUGCUGUUGUUUUAAACAGCAAGUAUGAACACUUCAGAAAUGGUGCCCAAGGUGGUUAUUUUUAAAUCACAGAAUAUACUUCGUUAAAAAAAGUAUAUAGACAAGUUGAGUGUGUGCCUUUAAAAUAUUAUUUUCUGGUGUGGUAUUGCUGUUGAAAUUAUGACUUGAAAUAAUGAAUGAACUACAUAUUUAUCGUCAGUGGUUUAUACACUGUUCUGGUAGAAUUUUAAAGUACAAGAUGUAUAUCUGUAUUGUUUAAAUAUGAAUUAUUUUGACAAGAAAUAUUCUGUGUGCAUUGGGCAUGUGACUCUUAAUUUAAUAUGUAUAUAGCAUUUUGUACCCUAAAGUGACAAGAAGUUCAGCAUGUAUCAUAAUUGGUGCACAAGUGUUUACAUUGAGCGGUUCUAAAAUUGUGUGUGCUCCUUUUUGUGCUUUGUACAAUAUUUGUAAGUAUUGUAAAUGUUCUGAGAUUAAUUUGGAAGCAAAUCCCAACCCCUUUUAAUAUUCUCACUCAUCUUUCUGAAGUAUGCUACAUAUGCAAAGAAAAUGAUAACUUUGAUUUAGAUAAAUUUUGUUCUUUAUUUA